AUGGCCAACGGGGGCAUAACUUGGACAGAAACGACGUCGUGUAAUUUCAGUGUAAAAGAACCCAGACCAGACCAUCCCGUCUUCUUCAAGCGGAAAACGACUGCCAUUUUUCUUGGGCUUGAGCCACUACUACAUCAGAUCUCCCUCUUCUGCUUGUUUCUCUUGAGCAGAGCCACUACAUCAGGAAAUGGGUACGGCUGUUUUAGUGCUACUUCUGCUAAAACUACCUAUAGUGGUAGUGAUAUUGUGGAAAGCCCCAAUCAGUUCUUGCGUUCUGUGAGAGAUCGAUGCAGAUCUCGAACCCUAAGGAAUCUUGAUGAUGCCUUACCCCUGUUUCAUAGAAUGCUUCACAUGCACCCUUUGCCUUCCCUCGUGGAUUUUAAUCAAUUGCUGGCUGCAAUUGCAAGAAUGAAGCAUCACUCAACUGUGAUUUCUCUGAUUAAAGAAAUGGAACUGUCAGGAAUUGCUCUCAAUGCUUGUACUCUAGGAGUUCUGACUAAUUGCUUCUGCCAUUUGAGCCGGGUGGAUUUCGGCUUCUCUAUCUUAGCAAGAAUUUUGAAACUUGGUUUUCAACCUGACUCUAUAAUUCUUAAUACUCUUGUCAAGGGGCUCUCUCUUCAAGGUAGAAUUGCUGAAGGUUUGAAGCUGGUUAACAAAAUGGAGAAGAUAGGCUACAAACCUGAUACAAUUACCUACGGAACGAUAAUGAAUUGUUUGUGUAAAAUAGGUAAGACCAGUGAAGCUAUUGGGUUGUUUAGAAAGAUGGAAGAAAAAAAUCUUGAACUUAAUGUAGUGCUGUAUAGCACAAUCAUUGAUAGUUUAUGUAAGGACAGAUUGGUACCUGAGGCUUUUGACUUUUUCUCUGAAAUGACAAGUAGAGGAAUUCAGCCAGACGUUUGCACUUACAAUUCUUUAAUUCAGGGCCUAUGCAAUUUCGGCCGGUGGAAGGAGGCAACUAAACUAUGGAAUGAGAUGGUGGAAAGGAAAAUCAUGCCAAAUGUGCGUACAUUCAACAUAUUGGUGGACACAUACGAAAAAGAAGGGUGUUGA